UGUUUUUAAUCACCGUGUCCUUAAAUGCAGCAACAAUGAUAUUUAAUUUUCAUUCUCUUUCUUCAAAACCCAAACCCCAAAUUAAAACCCUAGCUCAUCCUCUCUUUUAAUUAGCCGCCCUCACAUCCUCCUCUUCCUCUAUUGAAUUCUUUACAGAAAUAAAGCAUCAUAUUUACAGAAAUAAUGCAUCAUAUUUUCACAUGAAAAACAAACGGAGUAUUAAUUCCCGCGCAUCCUCCAUAAAAUUCGGCGAUUUUCCGGCAACAGAACCACCAGCUCCUUGCCGCAAAAACCAAAAGCGUAAACCCACCAACACUUCAUCACCGGCGCCUCCGAAGUGCCACACUCGUGAGAAAACCGCCGUCACAGCAACCGCCGCUUCUGGCGAAUUCAUCUUUCUCCUUCCUCCGAUCCACAACGAUUCGUUAGCCAGAGCUCGACAGAUUCAAAUGUUCUUCAUGUUCCUAUUGAUGUUAUAUGCAGAUUUGCUUAAUUCAUCAUAUCACACAAAAUUCUCAACGGAGAUAAGAAAUGCCGAAAUGGAGUACUCAAUCGAAAUGGAACUCAACCCUUGUUAAUGUAAUUAUUAUUGUAAUUUUUUUUGUUGAGUUUUAUAUGUUGGAUGAUCUUUAGUAUCAUUCACAUCAAUUUUACAUGAUGUAAUAAUUUAUGUAAAUUUCAAUAAAUUCAAAUUUAAAUUACAAUAUAUGAAAUUUUUGCAAAUAUUUAUGGAGCAUAAAUAACGAAAUUUUCAAAAUUCAAA